CGCCGUCCCGUUAAGUAUCAGUCAUCCAGAGUCCGAAACAUCGUUCAGGGAUGAGGCGGAAGAGAAAAGAAGGCGGCACUGACCAGAAAACAGCUACGAAAUUCACCUGCAGGAUUUGGAAUAUGUUUUUCUCCCAUCAGUGUUGGAUUUUUAUGGUUUUUCUGACAGGUGUCUUCCCUCCAUCCUGCUCAGGCGUUCACGUGUUUGUGAGAGACGAGAAGAGGUAUGCUGUGCUGUUCCAGUCAGUGGUUCUGCCAUGUCAGUACACCAGCGUGUCCACCCGGCCCGCCGUGGUGAAGUGGGUCUACAAGUCGUACUGUCGCGACCGCACCAGGGAUUCGUUUAACUUUCCUGACACCUUGGGCGGAGGCCUGGGUGGAGGUGGGCUGACGAGUGGAACAGGAGGAGUCAACAGAGGGUACGAGACAGGGAUGACAGCGAGCUACCUCGACUGCUCUGACAACCACCGGACCGUCCGAACUGUGGCUUCCCUCGACGGUUCCUCGGUCACAUUGUCAGAGUACUACAAGAACAGAGACAUCUCCAUCAUCAACAAAGCUGAUCUGAGGAUGGGAGAGGUCCAGUGGGGGGACAGUGGAGUAUACAUUUGUGAAGUGGUUAUACCUGAUGAUCUGGAGGGACAGAAUGAAGCAUCUGUGGAACUUCUGGUUCUUGGUUUCUCAGGUGUUCCCGAAGAUCUCCUGCCAGACUUUGAUUUGAAGAUAAUGCCAGAGUGGGUGUUUGUGCUGGCAGUGGCACUUGGCAGCAUAUUAUUCCUGCUCUUGGUUGGGGUUUGUUGGUGUCAGUGUUGUCCUCACUCUUGCUGCUGCUACGUCAGCUGCUGGUGCUGUCCCGACACAUGCUGCUGCCCCCGGCACUUGUAUGAGGCAGGAAAAGGUAUAAAGACAACCCCUCAGACACCUCCCUACCCGCCAUAUUUUGUCUCUGGUGUCCCAACCAUGGUCCCCAUCACACCUCCCUCUCUGGUGGACAAGAUAUCUUCAGUCGCCCCCUCAGAUGGGAGCCUACUUACAGCAGUGCCAAUGCAUGCUGUAGGGGUUCCCUACCGCGUGCCUUCGCCUCAGGAUCAGGAUUCUCUCAGGGUGCUACAGUAUGUAGAGAAACAACUGGCUCACUUCAACCCUGCCAGGUCCACCAGCCACCAGUCCUGUGCCCUGUCUGAACUGAGCUCCCUCCACGAGGGAGAAACUGGCUUCCGCCAAACAUAUCGAAACGUCCAGAAGAAAGCUCUGCCAGCCAUCCCUGAUCACAACACUCAGCCUGAACCUCAGCGCUACCGUGAAAACCGCAGCCCGGAGCCACAGCAUUACCGUGAUAAUCCCCCAUCCCCCCACCAUUAUCGUGAUGACCCCGACUCAGAGCCCAGACACAUCCGGGAAGAGCCUCUUCCUCCCCGACGAUACAGCGAUGACCCUCCGUCUUCAUCUCAGUCGCGCAGGCCCGGCCGGAAUCGGCGGCAACAGGAUCACAGCGAAGAGGAAACCCACAACAGGUGGAACCCGCGUUCGGAACAUCUUCACAGAAAGACGUACCGCACUGCAGGACGAACCGGAUCACUGGAUGAGCUGGAGGAGAUCGCUGCUUCUUACAAGCUGAGAGAAGGUAGAGGGGCAGAGAGGAGGGAUGAAGAGCAGAGGGAGUAUGAGAUGGAGCGUCUGGAAUACAGCCGAUAUCCUUCUCACCGAGAUGGCCCAGCUCAGCACUAUCACAGUCAUGAAAAUGAGGUUGUCGACAACAGCGACCGCGAGGAGCAGCCCAGGCGGAACAAGAAAAGCAGACGUGACAUAAGCCCGCUCUCUUCACCCAAAAAGAGGAGGGAGACAUUGGACAGGGAGCGCACCAUCCCAGCUCCUCCCGCAGGAGGUCCACCUUCAACUUCUUCUCAAGAAAAGGAUUAUGAUGCCACCUUCCUCAACAGCCUGCUGGAGCGUAAAUCUAAGUUGCGAGGGGUUGGCCAGGGGAAAAGUGGAGCCCGGGGUGAUGAAGAUUCAGAAACACCCUCAAAGAGCAGCCUGAAAAAGAGCAGCGGGGAGUCCAGUCGGCACUGCAGUCGCUCGCCUAGUAACAGGCCCGAGGCAGAUUUGCUGCCUCCUCACAUGGAGACAGAGAGAGUAAGAACUGACAGGCCGUCUCCAGGAAACACUCACUCCCCUCAGCCACCCAUUCAUUCCUUAGCGAGUCGCAGAGAGGAUCCCAGAAACAAGUCCAGGAAAGUGAGCACUCUCCUCAGCCGAGAUUCCCUGAUCGUCUGAUGGACUUCAGUCUGCAGACUGAAAGCGUCAUGCAGCCUUGAUGCUCUACAGGAACCGCUCAUCAGCGUUUAUGAGCUGGCGAGCAUGGAUUCAUAAAGAUAACGUCAAGGACGGCAGACUGUGGGAGAGCUGAAUCAGUACUGAUGAGUGAAGAUGAGGACAGCAGACACACUUUUCCUGCUGAGAUCUUUACUCAGCUGUUCUGCAUGUGAUGUCAUGAUGAAGUCACUGGCUGUGUCGUCUGUAUCUCAUGUGGACUAAGACUGAGCUAAUGCGAGCAGGGCGUAUGACCUGGACUGUUCCUGUGAGCGGUGCACUGUUAGUCUCCCCCCCGUUCCUUUAAGAAAAGGCUCUGAAGCAGAAAGAGAUUAUUUUACACUUCCAGCACAAUGCCUGCAUUCAUUUCCAUCUGAUGAGAUAUGUGAAUUAAAAAAGCACCGCUGUAGAAUAGAUAGUAUAUGACAACACCAUUAUUGUAAAGAGCAUACUGUAGCUACAACUGGAAAACACUACACCUUCUGUGUUCUUCAGUAGUAUAUUCAGGAGCCUUAGCCAGAAGGCUUCUGCAGUACGACUUCAGUGUUAACUAAAGCUGGAAGCAGUAAUCCGUAUUACCAAAUGUUUGUUUAUUUAUUUAUAUGGGGCAGUGCACAUUAAUGAAAUAACAGUGUUAUGUGUCAGCGCUCAACAGCUAAUUUGGAUCCAUCAUCUGAACACAACUAAAAUGAACAAAUUAGUUAAAGCAUUUUCUACUUAAAAUAAGAAUGAAAAUAAGAGAAAUGAUGACAAAGUAAGAUGGCACUAGCAAUCUCAAACAAACACUAUAAAGGUGUGGGAUCUAAUGCAGAGGUGUUGCUCUCAUCAGUGUUUCAUCCCAGCAAAAGCUGAGAUAAACUCAGUAACUAAUGCCAAAUCUCACAGAGGUACGGUUAGCGCUAAAGAGGCUGGUAUUUCUUUCAGGAGUCAGAGGAGAAUAAAUCAGAGCUAAACGAGGAUGAAUAUCUAACAUAAAUUACUUAUUUGGACAAAAACACAACUCUGAACGAAUGGUAAUGUUGCUCCACAUUUGCUGGGUGUGUAAAUAAGUGACUUUUUUACUAAAACAUUUGCCGUAACAUCAUGUGGUUGCUCCAAUUCAUAGACUCAAAUAUACAAAUGAGGUGCAUAAUGUAAGGUUUAAUUCCCUGUAGCAGCAUUUAUGAGCUAGAAAUGUCUGUGAAUCUAUUUAGUGUCUAAACAUUUUUAUAGCAACAGAAUACCUCAGAAUGGGCCUUUUGGAAGUGGUUACACAUGUAAGCAAUUAAACAGUCAUCAUACAGUCUGUGAGUUACCUUGCAGUAUUUGACAGAAAUAUAUGCAUUUUUUUUUUCUCAGAAUUUCUAACAGUAAAAAAAAAAGAAAUGCUGGAUAAAAUGAAAGCCCUUUGGAAAAGUUAGAAGAUUUAUUAAAAAGCUGGUGAUUUUCCAUCACCGUGUGCAGAAAACACUCUGACCAAAAAAAGGCCGAAGAGGCCGAAUAAUCUGUUCCCAAACAGCAAAAGUAUAAUUUGAAGGUGAGAAACGGGGGAAUGGUUUUGAAAAUUGGUCCUAACACAUAAAGCUGCACUGAAGUAAUCCAGGUAUGGACUAACUUUACCUACUGACCUCUGACCCAGCGUGACCCCCAUUUGUUGCUGCAUUAUAGCAGUGGUAAUGCACUUAAUUAUAAGUCAAGAGUCUUAUGACAGUAACCUUACUUUGUCUCCACCCUGUGUUUCAGUGAAGGCCCCCCCCCCCUCUCAUAUUAAAAACACAUAUAUAACAAAAAGUGUUCUCCGGGAGAAUAAAACCUGAUGAGAUUUUGUAUUUUCUGCAGACAUUUAAAGGUAUUGAACUGCUACUUGCCUUUGAAAAAUUUUUGUACUAUAGUUUUGUAUGGAACUAUUUAUGUGUGUGGCGUGCUGUUUGUAAUUUGUAAAUGAUCAUAUUUGUGUAAGCACUCAUGUGCAAGUGUGUACAUAAGAUGAAGUCUGUAAUUCAAUUACCGUAAUUCAGCCAUUGCUUAUCACUGUGGAGUCACCAGUUUAACCAACGCUGUGUGUUAUCAGCAGCCACACACUAAACGUGCUGCUUAUUGGAACAGUCAUAUCAAUGUAUUAUUUUGUUCUAAUAAUACACCGUCCAGUAUUUGAUCGCGUCCGUGUUGGUGAUACCUGUCUUUAGACAAGUGUAAUUAUUUGUUUAAGGGUUGGUUCUUUUUUUAAUGGUUUGUUUUCUCUUGUGUUUGGUACAGAGAACUCUGUGUGUGAGAGUUAGCGAGACAGAGCGAUGACUCUUUAUUUUUCUGUUAAGGAGACAAUGUGUGAUUGCGUAUGACUCAUGUCUUUGUUCAUUGUUUUAAUCACAGACUGCCUGUCUUGACUACACAGCUGGCUCAAUACUCACAUAUCAGUUCUUCCAGCUGAGCCACAGAUAACUGCCCUAUUUGUUACUGACAUACUACAUUUGCUACAACAGUUGGAGAUGGUAGGUUACUAAAGUAUCUGCUUGGGUGUGAAGAUGCAGGGUGGGAAACCAGCAGUUUUUUUCUUCACAGCCUCUCAGCAUAUUAUUGUACUGGAGUACAAUAAUAUGCUGAGAGGUGUUCAAAUGGCCUGUUUUAAACUACAGGGACAUCUAUGGGAUGAGAGUGCUUCUAAAAUUAAAACAGAAAGUAA